AUAACAUAAUGAAGAAAGGUGAAACCCUAGCCGUUGUUCAAUUCACAUUUCACAAAUCCUCAAUCCCUCAUGGCCUCAUCAGAUCUGAACUCAGCUUCAAACCCCAUCCUCUGAACCACCCACGGAGGCCACCUCCUAGAGUCCCAGGCUCCCACCCACUCAGUCUGUCACCGCCACCUCCCCGUCACCCAUCUCUCAGUCCAUCUUCCUCACCGCAACGUCACAGUCUCUCACGCCCCUGUGGAUCUCAAUCCACUCACCGUCACGUCGCGCUCACCGGCACACUGCACCAGGGAGCCCGUCGUCUUCGCCGUCGUUGCUUCUUCCCGUGGAGGCGUGCUCGUCAGUGUCAUCUGGUUCUGGUCACAUCCUAUCGUCGUCGUCUGCAUCAUCUGGUCGCCGGCUGUCGCCUCUUCUCCGUCGGAUAUCCGCAAAGACCCAGGUCCACGGUGGAUACAGAGUCUUCGUUACCCAUCGUGGGGACAAGGCGGGGACAGAUAUUGGGGGCGAGGGGUGGAGGCGGGGGGCAUGUCCCCGCCCCCAUGAGGACCCGUUGCCAUCCCUAGAUGUGGUGUGUAAGUUCGGAUCACCAAGUCCCUGUAUGGCUUGAGAGUUGUUGGGAGAAUAAAGUUGGCAGGCAGCUAAAAGCACCUGAUAUCCUUAGAAAAGGGGUUAGAAGAUCUCUUUGCUCCUCUAGUUGGAGUGGCCUCUACCACAAUGUUGGUCUCUAAAGUAUGGUCAUCGUGAUAGUUGCUAUUGUUGACGUUCUUUCGAUCCUCAUCCUCAUCACGACUAUUCUCUUGCUGAGCUGAUAGGUCGGCCAUCCUUUGGACCUCGGCUUAUAGCACAACGUUCAAGGCUAAUAACUCGACAAGAGUUGGUGGAGGAAAAGGUAAAUUUUGCUCAUCAUCAAUGGAUAAGAUCCUACAAAAAAGAGGAAUAGCAAGUGAAAAAAGAAAAUGUGGAGUAAUGUUAAGGUCGCCCCAUGGUGGGCGAAAAAUGUUCUUGCUGUUAAGGAGUUUGUCCAAAGUAUAGCUUGUUGCAAAAGAGGAGACGUCAUUCUGUCUUUUCCACGGAUGAGGUAUACGUUAGACUCCAAAAAACACUAGACAUGGUAGAUACAUUCGACCCUCAAGUUAGUAAUAAUUCAAAGAAGAGAGUGAUAGUGACUUAAGUGAGUAUUAGGUUUUCAGAUGUGAUCUAUCUUUUACCUUAUAUAGACUUGUGGAGAAAUAACCAUUUUCAAAUAUCUUCGGUUGCCGAGAUAUUAGUGAAUACGUGUGUGGGCUAUAGUGCGAUUACGUUUGAAGUUCCAACAUCUGUUUUGACUACUUCUCUGAGCUAUUUGGGAGUGACGUGUAAGGAGGUUAUUUUUCUAUUUUACUUGAAUGAUUAUAUCUAUUUGUUUGACUUGUUCUUUGAGUUAUAGGUAUAAUGUCUGAGUUAUGCGCAACAACGUGAAAGGUGGUUGUUUAUAAGCCAUGAAAACCUUAACGUUCUUUUGGCCUGAUCUCUAAAUUAUAGCUUGUAGUCGUUGAAUAAUAGUUAC